AUGCAAGACGGUGUCACAGAAGCCAGCAGCAGCCGGAACGGAGGCAUGGACAGGCUGGAUGCUACUCUGGUAACUUGCACGGAAACGCUGACUUUCACGGAAGUGCUGGAAGAAGAGGAGUGGGAAUCUUUUUAUUAUUCCUUUAAGACAGAGCAACUGAUUACCCUUUGGAUUCUCUUUGUCGUAACAAUUGGUGGGAACUCCAUUGUUCUGCUUUCCACCUGGAGGAGGAAGAGAAAAUCCAGAAUGACCUUUUUUGUUACUCAGCUAGCCAUAACAGAUUGUUUUACAGGACUCAUAAACAUCAUGACUGAUAUAAUUUGGCGCUUCACUGGAGAUUUCAUGGCCCCUGAUCUCGUCUGCCGAAUUGUGCGGUAUUUGCAGGUUGUACUUUUGUAUGCUUCAACCUACGUCCUAGUUUCACUGAGCAUAGACAGAUAUCAUGCCAUAGUCUAUCCCAUGAAGUUCUUUCAGGGAGAAAGGCAGGCGAAAGUCCUCAUUGUGGUUGCCUGGAGCCUCGCAUUCCUGUUUUCCAUUCCGACUCUGAUCAUAUUUGGGAAACGGCAGCUGUCCAAUGGGGAAGUGCAGUGUUGGGCUGUCUGGCCAGAUGACUCUUACUGGAUCCCAUACAUGACCACAGUGGCCUUCCUGGUGUACUUUAUCCCACUGAUUAUUAUCAGUGUUAUUUACUUCAUUGUGAUUCGAACAAUAUGGACUAAGAGCAGAGCUCAUGCUGUGAUUGUAUCUAACUGUUCUGAUGGGAAAUUCUGUGCGAGCUACGCCCACCGGGGCCUCAUAUCAAAGGCUAAAAUCAAAGCCAUCAAGUACAGCGUGGUCAUAAUUCUCGCAUUUGUGCUCUGCUGGAGUCCUUACUUUAUCUUUGAUAUCCUGGACAACUUCAGCGUCCUCCCCGAGACCAAAGAACGCUUCUAUGCAGCAGCGAUCAUACAAAACCUCCCGGCUUUGAACAGUGCCAUCAACCCUAUCAUAUACUGCAUCUUUAGCAACACUGUUUGCUCGUCUUUCAGUUGA